ACCAAUCAGAGGCCAGCGCGCCCGCCGCCAUGUUUCUCUCGGUUGCUUAAGGGACUCGGGUUCGUGCGGGACAUUAUUUUUCGUAGGAAGGUUUUCAUGGGGUUUUAGCGAGGGCGGAGUUGCGACGCCCGCGAGCGAAAUGGCCUCCGAAGGGCCGCGAAAGUACAGGGAGAGGAGGAGCAGGAGCGACAAGCCUUACGACAGGCCAAGGGGAAUAAUCCGUAGAGUAACUGAUUCGGUGACAGGUUUGUUCUCAUCAUCAUGGCUUUCGGGAUGGUUAGGGACUGAAGAUGAGGAAGAAGGCAGUGAACAGCAGGGGAGGAUGGCACCACCUAAGACCUCGACAGUCCCUCCUCCUGGCGAGUCCUUUAUUUUCUCCCAGCCGGUCACAGCACGGAGGUCUUUCAGGCCAAUCUACCCAGAGGAAGGUGAGACUGACAGUAAUAGCCAGCAGUCCCUGGGUGUCAAUGAGGGGGCCAGCACCAGCAGCGGGAUACGGAUGACCCUGCCAACAGCCACUUCCUCAGGCCUCUCAGCCUCUACCAGCAGAUCACUGGGAAGUGAGACACCAAGUCCAUCAAUCCCAGUAAGAAAGCUGCCUAUUAUCUCUUCAACUCCAGCACCCAUGUUCACAGCUCGCACCAAGAGCCACUUGGAGCCACGUCCGUUGCAGCUCCUAACCAGUUCAACACCCACAGGGGAUGAUGGCAGUGAAAUGAGCGAGUCCUCAAUAGAUACAGGCGUCGAUGCCUCAGUCAUUCCCCGACCAGAUGAGAGGGACUACCAGCAGGAAAUACUCCAGCUGGACGAGGAGUCACUGCAGACACUACGUGAUACUCUGACCAAGUCGGCUCCUGCGCCACCAGCUGUCCAGCCUGCUACAGUCCUCCCUUCCUUGGAUGAGACUCGGAAGAGACCCCGGGAUAUGGAACCAGAUCACACAAGUAUACGUGCAGAGGGAAGCACUAGCAGCAGGUCCCUCUUUAGUGAAGCAGGGGAGCCAGCCAUUGGGACACCUCAACCCUCAGGGUUAGCUAACAAGAGGCCGCGUUUUAAUGUUUCUACCUAUGGGUCUCCUGUAGUGGGUGACAGAUCUGUGCUCAGUAAUUCUACAUUUAAAUCUUCGCCUUUUUAUCCGGGGAAAACUAUGUAUGGUGGAGCUUCUGCCUAUAGAAGAAAUAGAUUGCAGUCCAGAAUUUCCCAUCAGACUGCUCGUGUUCAAGUCAAAAGCAAAUCGGCAGAGUCCUCAGAUGAUGGUGGACUCAGCCAAGCUGCCCGCCGCAUCCUGGACAGCCUCGAGCAGAUGUCGACACCCAUAUCGGAUGCCAAGCGGAUACCCACCCCCACUCCAGGGCAGAGGGGUAGUUUCCUGGAUGCAGCACCCACGUAUACAGCCUCGUUUUAUAAGCACAGGCCGAAUUUAAGAUCUGCACCUCCAACCUCAAAACUUCUUACUCCAACAAAACUGCCUGUUCAAGAGAACCUAUCAAAAAGUUUUUUAAAACCUUCAGUAAGCACCUCUGUCAGCACUUCUACUGCAUUCACCUCUUCCUCCUCCUCAACCCCUAAGAGAGCUGUGGAGGAACCCAGGCAUAUAGAGAUGAUAAUACAGGAGGAGCAGAAGGAGAAGAAAAACAGCAGCAGUAGCAGCGUUGCAAGAGUUAAGGCAAAGGAGGUGUCCGAAUCAACCACACUCACCCCUACCUCUUUCUCGGCCCCAACCCCAGCUGCCAGCUCCACCUUCUCCAGAGCUGCUGCAGAGGCAGUCAGCAAGUUCAAGACUGUACCCACCACCACUACCCCCCUGCCAGCCCUUUCUUCACCGGGUGUGUUCAAGUUUGGACUGGCCAGUAGCAACAGUGCCUCAAAGCAAACACAGGAUCUCAUGACAAAGGCAGCACCUGUCGUGAGUGAAUCACCCCAGACUCUGAAGGAUGGUGGCGGAAAGAUGAAGUCAAAGGUUGUUGAGAGUGGAAGAACCUCCAGCAGACAGGAGGAAGAAGCUGUUUCUGAAGACCCCAAGCUCCCCACAGUCCCUCUGACACUGUCUUCACUCCCAAAGAUCAAUUUGCCUCUCACUGUCCCUGCAGCAGGGACCCCAGCCAGUAGCAGUGGCAUGGCUUCAGGCUUCAGAUUCUCCAUCCCAGAGGUGGUGGACACACAGGCAGCUGCCUUUGAGACCACAGCCAAUGCCCUUACCUUCACCUUCAGUAGUCCGGCGUUAGUUAACGAAGAGAGCAAAGCCACUAACCAGUCUUUUAGUUCUUCUCAUUGUAAUCUAUCCUCAACAAUGAUGUUUAAUAGCAGCAGCCCCAGCUUUGCCCCUAAACUUAAGGUUACUGCUAAGAAGGAGGCCAUGCCCAAAGCACCUAAGCUACAGGCUGGAAGUAUCCUGGACAUUCUGAAGCCAAAGGGAGGUACUCCAGAUAAGCAUGUUGCUGGGAAUGCCUCUCCUUCACUGCAAAAUAGGGUUGAAGAGAGGUUCAAUGCAUUUGGUAGUCCUAAAGUUCCCAGUGAAAGUAUCAAGCCGGUGAUAGAACAGACUGUUAAUAAUGUUGUUGAGAAAACUAGUGUUUCACAAGGGUUUGAGGGCUUUGGUGGGGCCUUCAAGAAGUCAAGUGAAGAAUGGGAGUGCAGUGUUUGUAUGAUCAGGAACAAAAAUUCAGCUGAAAAAUGCGUGGCGUGUGAGACUGCAAAGCCAGGGAAAUCUUCAUCCCACGGUAUCCAAACUAAUACAUCUGUCUUUAGUAAUACAGAUCCUACCCCAACCAUUACGGGUAAUGGAACAGACUGGGGCUCAGCCUUCAAGAAGUCUAGCAAUGAAUGGGAGUGUGAUAUGUGCAUGUUACGAAACAAAGACUCAGUGGACAAGUGUGUUGCAUGCGAAACCCUUAGGCCUGGCAGCAAAGCGAAACAGGCCCCACUAGCUGAGUCAAAGCCAGUUGACGGAAGGGAGGAGAAGGCGAGUUUUGGGUUUGGCUCAGCCUUUGCCAAGGCCAAGGGGGAGUGGGAGUGCGAUACAUGUUUAGUUCGCAACAAAAGUGAAGCUACGAAGUGCAUAUCGUGUGAGACUCCUAAGCCUGGUGCUGCUAAUAUUUCUCAAGCCAUAACAGGAAACUUUAAGUUUGGUGUAAAUACAAAUGACUCUUCUUCCACAAGUAGUAGUUUUAAGUUUGGUUUAGACAACUCACAGACUGAAGUAAAAUCUAAUAGUGGUUUUGCAUUUGGGGUUAGUGCCAAAAGUGCUGAAGACAGUAAUAGUAAAGAAAGCUCUGGAUUUAAAUUUGGAAUUGCAUCAGAGAAGCCUAGCUUAGGGACGGAAUCUAGUAGUGAGAAGGACAAAUUAAAGGAGAAAAGUGGAAGUGCCUGUAGUGGUAUCAGUUUUGGCUUAAAGCCAGAUGAAUCCAAGGGCAAGCAGUUCUCUGUUCCAUCGAUGAACUUCACCUUUUCAGCUCCUAAUACGCCUGCUAGUAGUACAGAAACUGUAAAUACUAAACCUAGUUUCACAUUCACUUCUGGGAGUGAAACUGCGGCAUCCUUCAGCUUUGGAGGCACAGAAACAAAAGCUAAACAAGCCACAGGAGAAGGACAAACUAAAACAUCAACAGAGAUAAAACCAGCAUCAGAGAUUAAAAGUGGGAGUGUCUUGGAUGUGUUGAAGGGGAAAGACACAAAGGCAAGUGAGGUGUUCAGCUUUGGCUCCAAGCUUGAGAAGGUCGAUGGAGGUGUGCCAAAACCCUCAUUCGCCUUCAACAAUGCUGUGCCAGCCUCCACGAAAGUAGGUGAUUCAAAGACUACAGACUCAGCUGUGCCAAGUGGCACUUUUACUUUUGGUGCUAAUGGAAAAGAAAGCAGUGCAGGAUCCACUACUGCCAUUGCUACGGCUGCACCUCUCUUCACCUUUAGUGAUAAGGGGUCAGGCGCUAGUACUGCACCUUCCUUUGCUUUCAAUACUGCCCCUGCUAAGGAGGAGUCCAAGACCACGCCAGCCUUCUUUAGCGGGAAGAGAGAGAACUCAGACUCUAGUGAGCCUGCAAAGAAGAGUGUCUUUGGAGGGUCAGCCACCAGCAUUAACAAUGGGGUAGGUGCAACACCCUCUUUGUUUACCUUUGGUAGCAAGGAGAAUAAACUGGCCUCUGGCCCAGGAUUUUCAACACCAUCAGCUACCCCAGCAUUUGGGGCCCCAACUCCAGCAUCCAAUGCUACUCCCAACUUCCAAUUUGGGAACAGCAAUCCUCCUGCCCCAGCUGCUACAGCACCCCCAGCCUUUGGAAACCCUGCUCCGGCUUUUGGCAGUCCACCCCCAGCAUUUGGCAGCAACAACAAUAACUCAACCCCAAGCUUCACCUUCGGUCAGCCACCUGAGAAGAAGCCAAGCACAGGAUUUGAUUUCGGGCAGACCCCUUCCAGUGCCCCAAGCCAAGGAUUCAACUUUGCAGCUUCAACCGGGGCGCCUGGUGUAUUUCAGUUUGGACAGAGUCAAGCAAAUAGCAGCCCUGCAAGUGGAUUGUUCCAGUUUGGUUCAGGAAACACUCCUGUCCAACCAGCCCCCUCUUUUGGUAGCGGCGGUGACAAUCCCUUCAGUACCCCUGCUCCUCCUAGUGGUCGCGUCAUGAAGAAGGCCGUGAGACGUACCCGCAAGCCGUGAUGAGGGCACAGCAGCAGAAGGGUUUUCUUACCAAACGUGUCUUUAAAUUAUUUGUUCCAUACAUUUUAUUUUUAAUGGAUUCUGGGUCUAUUCCUCUGUUUCUGUUUUCAUUAUUUAUAAAAUGAAGGUCUUUAAUAAAAAGAAUUUAUAUAUAUAUACACAUGCUGUCGCUUAGGCUAAAAAGAAAGAGGUGCUUUAACAAUGAGCGUUUUAUCAUUCUUUCACGCCUUCCUCCCUCUUUUCGUCCUCCCCUAUUUCUGUUCUCUCUUAUUUUAGCCUUUUUCCUUUGGCAUUUUUCUAGUAAUGUGCCCCUUUUUCAACUUCAUUUUCCAUGGUCAUUCUGUUAAGAUACUGGUCAAACUAAGUGCUUGAUGUAGGAAAGCCUGAUGUAUUAUUUGCUUUUAUAUUUUCUUCCUUAUUGUGAUACGAGAAGUUGAACUGCAAAGGUAUCUUGAUAUAUUGCUUAGAGAUUCAGCUUUUUUUAUUUUAUUUUAUUUUUUUUUUUUAUUUUUUUUUUUUUUUUCUUCCCCUUUCCCAUUUCUUAUGUAACUUGAGUUGUUUUUUAUAUAAAAUGUUAGCAAAAACUUUCUUAGUCCUAAUAAUAAAAAAAAAAUGUAUACCCAGUCAGUUGGACCUGAUUUUUAACACUAAGAACAAAAUUUUCAAAACCAAUGUGGAGGGAAUAAUCACUCGAGGAUUGAUUGCUCUUUUUUUUUUCUUUUUGUUAUUUACUGUGGUCGCUAUUUUACACCAGUGACUGCUUCCAAUGAAAGAGUGGGUAUCUCAUGGUUGGUACAAUUUGGAAUUUCAAAUAGUUUUGUAGGAGCUCCAUAGAUACGUACAUUAACAUCACGUUGGGAUCUGUGUCAGAGAAUAAGCUACAAGUGUAUAUAGACUCGAUAUCCACCCUGGAGUGUAAUCUACUAUCAUGCAUCUCAUCUUGUGUGUCUAACUAGAAGUGGUCUCUUAAAAGCUGUGAAACGACUUCUAUGUUAUACCUUUCAGCAGCAGGGAAGAGUGUCUAGUAAUAAAAAAUAAAAAUAUAAAAAAUGUAAAAAAAAAUGUGGCAUUGUGUGAGGACUUUAGGUGUUAACAUACCCCCCUCCCACACACUUGUGUAUGUAAAACCUGUCAAUUUGGAUUCCACCAGUUUCCUCCCCCCUGGGACGUUGCAGCUAAAUUUCACUUGCCUAUGAAGGGCGGGUAAAGACGACACUUUCGUUUAUUUUUUUACAGUGAAAGUUUAAAAAGUGGGAAAAGCACAAAUUGGAAUUAAAGGACAUUAAUGCAACAUAAGGGUACCAUGGGAUGGAAAAUUGCUUAUGUUAGUAUGUUUCCUUUUGCACAGGAAUGAUUAUUUUGUUAAUUGCUUCAAUAUUCACAAGAGACAUGAAAGCCAAACAUUUGGACUCCUGGCUCUUUCAAUAUGAAAAAAAUAUAUAUAAAUAUAUCUAAGUGCUAUGAACAUUCUGUGUAAAUACAGAAGGCCUAUCAGGCCUAUCUGGUAACAUUGUUUCUGUUUCUUGUUAGGGAGAACCUUGUUGAAUAUUUUAUAUGCUGUGUCCAUAUUUGCUGGACGUGUUACUGUUCUCAUUAGGAAUGUUCAUGGUUCUCAUGUCGCACAGGUUUAUUCCAACGUCUUGCUCUCAAAGGCUGUACAUUUUUUAAUAAAUAAAUAGUGCAGAUAAAACUAGCAUUUUAUGUUAUGGUGUUUGCUCUUGUGGGUGAUAUAGAGGCUCUGUCACAGUAGCCUGAAAUACUUUUAUGUUUUAUAUAAUAGAGGUUACAGCCAGCAGUAUCACCUGUGGGCGGAGACUGCCCCCUCAUAUCACCUAGCAACAGCAUUCACCACCUGUAGUGUUGUUGCUCAUGCCAGACGCAAGGCCUCUGCAAGAUGCGGCAAGUGUGCGCUUAUAUGAAUAAGUGAUGUAAAUAGAAUACCCAGGCAGGCUCACUCCUUAAAACUGUACAUGAACACUUCAUCAGUGUAGAAUACUUGACGGACAUGCUGCGUGUGAUUUUUGGAGGGUGUAGGCGUGACCUUGUGCCGUGUGGCUGGUUGUGAGAUGCGGAAUCUACCGCCCCUUGUCUUGUCCUGUCUGUUGGAUCCUUGAGAAGUAUAUAAUUGUAAUUAGCUCUAUGAUUAAUAUUAUUUUAUAUUGAUGUGACUUUGACAUGUACAAAGCCGUGAAGUGUGAGUGUGUGAAGGAAGGAGUUAGACUGCUCAGUGUAUGUGUCCUCGGUUUUGCAUUACUAAGUGUGAGCGUGAAAUGUUCAAUAAAAGAGCAUUCUAUACUGCAA